GAGAGAGAACAUGAAGCGAAGAGAAGCGAAGGGAAGAGGAAGAAUGUCGAAGAAGAAAGCUUUCAGCGGCUCCACCAUGACGCUGAAAGACUUUCAUGGCGGCUCCAUCCCCUCUGAUCUUCCGCUACCUUCUGCUCCCGGAGUGUAUUCCAGCAUUGUAAGACCUUCCGAUCGUCCUGGUUUCGAACGUCAGAUGCCGACCUCCUGGGGAAACCCUAUGGGCAGAUCCGAUCAUCGUUCGCGGCCAGGAUCUUCUGGUGCGACUCGUAAUUUUGACGAGAAAGCUUCUCUCCUGUCGCAUCCUCCACACCUCGGCCGGAACUUCGAUGAGGAUGAACGCAAGCCAUUGGAUGGCGUGUCUGUCCCACGUCGAUCCGUCAGUGAUGAAAGCCUUCGUGUUCCUCCUAGUGGUCCAGAACAGAAGGCAGAUUCUAUAUCUGCUGGGAAGUUCACUGGACAGAUUUCAACAUCUGUUUCUCAUUCACCAGGUGUGGCUCCCAGUUCCUUCCCGGCGAGAUUCACUGGAGCAGCUUCCAUGGGGAUGAACACGCAUAUCCAAGCUGGUAAUAAUGGUCAGGCUUCUGCUAGUUCUCAUCCAAAUGCGUGGGGGACAAGGAAGGAGGUUGUCGGUGUCUGUGAGCCGGUGCCUUCUGCUACCUUGUCUGGUCCUAGUGUUAUCUCCAGGUUUGCACAAGCUAGCGCCCUUGAAAAGGUAUCAUCGGGUAGAUGGCAAACUAAGCAUCCGAUCCAUCAUUCUCCUGAUAUUGAAGUAAUUAGAUACUCUGACACAGAGAGUGAUUGUCACUCGAAAGAUAACAAUGCAUAUAUUGGUGUCACCCCAAUCAGUGAAAGGGGUGACCACGAUGCAAUGCGUGGAAGUUUUACUGAAAGGGGUAGCAUUGCUGAUGAUAGUGUUCGCGGUAGUGGGAGGGAAUUGCCAGAUUAUGAGAGGGUGAGAUCUCCCUUGUAUCUGGAGGCAAAAGACAGGGCGAGGUCUCCGAUAUAUCUAGAAGUAAAAGAUGGGAGCUUGCCGAUCUAUCCUAAUGCUGUUCGGCCUGCUUCCACUGAAGGUAAAUUUGCCGGGUCCCAAACUCAACCAUCAGUGCCUCCAGAAGUAUCUGAGAGGCCUAAACUGAAGCUCCUUCCUAGGUCAAAGCCUUUGGAGACUUCAGAAGCACCAGUUGUGGAAUUUAAGCAGCAGGGGUACCAAUCUGUUCAUGUGGAAGUUGUCAAUGAAUCAUUUGCAAAUGCAAAUCCUCCAAAACCAGGGUCAGCUGGUGCCGAAAUGGGGAACCGGACAGUUGAGCGCCCCAAAUUGAAUUUAAAACCCCGUUCACAACCUCUAGAUCAUGCUGAAGAAAGUGUUGAAAGAGAGAGGAAGGCAUUGUUUGGUGGUGCUCGCCCUCGAGAAUUCGUUCUGAAGGAGCGUGGUAUUGAUGAUGUAGCGAUCAACAAUCUUGACACUACUCAACAACCUACCAGGAUUAAGCAUGAACUUAACAAGACUGAAAUAAAGCCUGAAGUUGCAGUUCCCUCUGCCAGAUACGGUGACAGGGCUGAGAAUUUCACGCUUGAUCAGAGAAUUGGAAGGGAUUCUGAGAGGAAAGAUCACCAACUGGACAAUGAGAAAACGGAGAUGCAGAGGGGUUCUUGGAGGAAUGAGAACCGGAGGAAUAUUAAGGAGACUGAAAAGCUGCAGGACCGACGGUCUGAGCCUGAGACAUGGCGUAAACCUGUUGAGCAAGCUAAACCAGCUCUGCCUGAUGCUCCAGGUUUACGCUAUGGGAAAGCAGCUACUGCCUUAGAGCUUGCUCAAGCAUUCUCUAGGUCAAUCUCUGAUGCCAAGGCAGCUGAUCGGUUGUCUGGCCAGAUGACUGGCCGGAACCAGACACCUUUUUCUCGAUUGACAGAUACUCGAGACUUCUAUUCAGGGCCUACACGAAGGCGUCAGAUCAAUGGUUACUAAGUAUGAGAGCAUGGAUGUGGCAAUUAUUUACUCAAAUUCAUAGCAUUGUAAAUUUGGAAGAGAUGAGCGUGUCCCUCGUUCUCUCUCCAUAGGGCAUGCAGCUGAGAAUUUUCAGGCUCACAGAUUGUUAAAAAGAUGGAUUUGACUGUUUCAGGUUGGGUGCGUUUGUUUCCUGCUUCCCCACCAUUUCCAUUUAUGUUCUGUUUUUAAGCUUUUGAAGAAUAUCUAAGAUCCGGGAAGAAAAACAGCUUUUUUCUUA